GCUUGUUUUGCAGAAUAUCCCACUGUCAUCUUUAUUUGGCAAAAUCUCUAAGGAGGAUCAAAUGCAAAUGCUGUUGAGUGCUCUCCUCCUGCUCAUUCGAAGCUAGAGCUCGUGCUCAAUAGUGUUCUCCUCCUACUCGUUCGAACCUAGAGCUCGUGCUUGUUGGAUCGUUGUAAUUGAUCUAAUCACAUUCACUGGUCUGCUCCAGGAAGUCUACUCAGAACAGUGAUUGAAUCAACCAUGACAAUGGGAGAGAUCGUUUUGGGUUCCUUUAUGGGCUCCUUCUUUCAGGUCCUAUUCAGCAAGUUGACCUCUCUCACAUUAGUCUAUGCACAACAUGAAGGAAUUAGCACCGCUCUCCUCAAGGAGUGGAAUGAGAUGCUGGGCACAAUCAAUGCAGUGCUGACUGAUGCAGAAGACAAGCAACUCAGCGGUAACCCUCUAGUGAAGUUGUGGCUAGAUGAUGUUAGGGACUUGGCCUAUGAUAUGGAAGACUUGAUUGAUGAGUUAGCUAUCAAAGUGGCUCAAGUUAAGUUGGAGGCAGAAUCCAACACAAGCAAAUGUCUGGAAAAAUGGAAGUUCUCUUUCUUUGGCCAAGAUAAAUCCUUUGGAUUGAAUCCAAACCUAGGUUUGCUCAUGUUUGAAACCAAGGUACAAGAGAUUAGUGGCAGGUUGAAAGUGAUUGUCACUAGGAAGGCUCGUCUAAGCUUAAGAGAGGUUAUGGACAGAUCCAACUACACAAACAAAAGGGAUCUAACCACUUCUUUGCCAGAGCCUCAGUUUUAUGGUAGAGAGAAGGAAGAAGCACAAAUACUCAAACUAUUGAUUAGUGAAGUCGAAAAUUCCGAUGCCAUGUUGAGCAUGAUCCCCAUAGUUGGGAUGGGUGGUGUUGGAAAAACGGCCUUGGCUCAACGGUUGUAUAAUGAUGUUAGAGUAUAUAGCUGUUUCGAGAAGAGAGCAUGGGUUUGUGUGUCAUAUGUUUUUGAUGUUCUUCACAUAACAAAAACUAUUUUACGGUCAAUCACUGGGUUGUCAUGCCAGGGUGAAGAUCUUAACGAGUUUCAAGUUAAGUUGAAGGGCAAUCUAUCUGGGAAGAAGUUUCUUGUGGUUUUAGAUGAUAUAUGGAAUGAGAAAUAUGAAAAAUGGACUGCCCUCUUAAAGCCAUUUGAAGCGGGGGCUAAGGGGAGUAAGAUCAUCAUCACGACUCGCAACCUUGCUGUUGUUUCCAUAACUAGAGCAUCACCCUAUCAUUUGAAGGAAUUGUCCCUUGAUAAUUGUACAAACUUAUUAGCCUUUCAUGCUCUUGGAGUAACAAAUUUUGAGAGCCAUCUGGAUUUUAAAACAAUAGGUAAGAAAAUAGCUGAAAGAUGUAAAGGUUUACCUUUGGCGGCGAAGAUGCUAGGCGGUGCCCUACGUAAUAAAAGGAAUCCCAGUGAAUGGGAAGAUACCUUAAAUAACAGAAUAUGGGAUCUUCCGAUGAUAGAGAAUGAUGAGGUUCUCCCUGUCUUGAACUUGAGUUAUGUCCAUCUUCCUUGCCAUUUGAAGAGAUGUUUUGCUUAUUGUGCAAUAUUUCCCAAGGAUUACGAAAUUGAGAGAGAUGAGCUGGUACUCUUAUGGAUAGCCGAGGGCUUUUUAGAUAGACAAAAAGUAAAGGGGAAUAAAUUCAUAUUAGGACGAAAUUACUUUGAUGAGCUAGUAUCCAGAUCAUUUCUUCAACAAUCAAGUGUCAACACAUCUAAGUUUUCAAUGCAUGAUCUUUUGAAUGAUCUAGCAAAGUCAAUUGCAGGAAGUGCAUACUUUAGCUCUGAGGAGUCUCACUUGGUAGCUAAUGAAGAAGACACAUCUCUUGGGAAAAUUCGUUAUGUAUCAUUCAUCUCAUCACAUUUUGCUACAUCAAAAUGCUUAAGAGAACAUCACCGAAUGAAGGUACUAAGAACUUUAAUGCUACUGCAUAAUGGAUUUAGAGGGGACACUUUCUCUAUUUCCAACAAGGUGCUACAUGACUUGCUAACGGAAUUGAAGUACUUGAGGGUGCUCUCAAUAUGUCAUUGUGACAUUGUAGAGGUACCAAAUUGCAUUGGCGAUCUAAAACAUCUAAGAUAUCUCAAUUUCUCGUACACUGAUAUCAAAAGGCUACCUGAAUCAAUUGUCAGCUUGUGCAAAUUACAAGUUUUGAUUUUAAGAGGUUGUCAAAAACUUUCAAAGUUACCUCAAGGCAUCACAAAAUUGGUCAGUUUACAGUUUCUUGAUGUUAGAGAUACGAGGAGUCUUAAAGAGAUGCCGUUAGGUAUCGGUAAUUUAAAAAAUCUUAUUAUCUUGUCCAAGUUUGUGGUACGACCGAGAGAAAGGGUCACGUUAGAGGAGUUAAAGAAUUUGCCACAUCUUCAAGGAGAAUUAUUCAUAUCAGAAUUGCAAAAGGUGGAAAAAGUUAGAGAUGCAAUUGAUGCUAAUUUGCAUCAAAAGCAAGGCCUUACCAACUUAUCCUUGCAUUGGGAUGAAAAUUUGGAAAAUCUCCGAAUCAUGAGCGGGAAGCACAAGUGCUUGACUUCCUACGACCUCACAUUGAUCUUGAAAAUCUCAAUAUUUUGA